AUCGGGAAUUUGGGCAAAAGCUUUACAAAGUAGUAUUUAUUGACAGUACAAGAAUGUACGAAUACUAAUCAGUGCGGAUAUGACAGCGUGAAUUCUGCAAGAUUUCAGUAGUUCACUACAUCCAGAACUCGCAUGUACUUUCCAUGUAAAUUAGCAAUGCGAAUGUGUUGUACACGUACAUGUACAGAGUACUAUACAAUUGCUGUAGAAACAAAUGGCCUGAAAUGGGAUAUGAUGUUCUGAUGAGUUCCCCAAAUGAUCAGCGGAGACUGCGGAGUAAUAAUGGAUGGCUUCGUGAUUGUUAUGGGAUGUUUGUCCGGGGUGAUUAUACUGGUGUUUCUGGUUGUUGUUCUUUAUUACCACUGCAGGGCCAUGCGGUAUCGUGCCUUUUGCCAGGAUGGCUUUGAGAAAUCAGACAGCUCCAGCGAUGAAACUCGCGAUGAAAUUCCGAAAGAAUACACAAAAAUCGCUCCGACGGAAGCCACGGAAGCCACUCGAGUGAUGACAACUUAUCAAAGGCAAAGGCAGUACCCGCUAGAGUACUUGCGGAUAAGAUGCCCGGUCUGCUUUGAACCGUAUAACCGCGAUUUAACGAAGCGCCACUAUCGAUCGGUUGUGGCGCGCAGCGACAGUUCCGGGUUUGGCUUUGCCUGCGACGAAAUAUCCGGUCCGGGAUAUUCCGGGGAGUAUUGGCUGCUGGUUGUGGAUGUCUUUGAUCAACGCAUCGAUAUAUAUGCUGGUGAUCUAAUCAGAUCGGUCAAUGGAAAGAAAGUCGGAAAAGAGGAGAAUUCCGCGGAGUCAGUUCUAAAGGAGCUCUUUAGAAAAACCGGAGAGGAUACGUCGGUUACUCUGGAAGUCGAGCUUUGCCACGAAUUGGGACCCCUGUUCAGCACAAGCCGUGGUUUUUAUAGGACGCCAGAACGUUGGCAACGAUACGGAUAAUAUUGCACAUGCGUAACGCGGAAAGCGGGGCAAUGUAUUGCGUGCUUCCAGUUCAUUUCCGGACAGAUACUGUAUGCUUAAGCUUUGUUCUACCCCCAAAUGGAAAAUGUUUUUGCGAAGCAAAGCCAUCGAAUUACAAGACCGCCAACACGAUUUAAUAUCGGGAACUGCCACAUAUUGUGCACAUAGGCAAUUGAGCAUUAUUUAGGUUAUAUUUUUGAAUCUGAACAAUUUGUCAUGCGGACUCUGCUUUACAUAUAAAGCAGGUACUACAAAUAGUUUGCUUAAGUCUCUUGCAUGUUUUUUUGCCUUCCGAACUGACUGGGUAUCCAGUACGUGGACCGUAAGGGCUUACUAUGAUUUUUGCUGUUUCACAUAUACAAUUGUUUUGCAUUUGUAGAAAUACAUAAAUAUUUGUGGAAAUUCGUAUCACUGACAACAUAAUAAUAAAA